CAAAGAGAUGAUGUGGACACUUCCAAAAAGGGGGUCAGUGAUUCAGCGUGAAUAUUACUUUCCAAAAAGAUACCUAUUAUAAGGCUACGUUUAAUAAAACGAGUUUGUCCUUAUGCGUUCUGGCGGAGCGUACGCAGAUUCCGGCGAAAGUAGAACCGUUAAAUUCCCUGAGACAAUAAGCCGGAAAUCCACGCUUUGCCUGCGCAUUCCCCUCCGCAUCCCCUCUCCUCCUCACGCUACCCAGCGUCUGACUGACUGCAGCUGCUUCGUCAGGGAAGGGAAUCCGAAUCGUCGUGAUGCUGGGCAUGAUGGAGCCUCGCUCGCUCGUCUCCUUCCUGUGGAUUUUCUCCCUGAAUCUCGCCUGCAUCCCCGGUUUGAACGCCGAGGAGGACCCGUCCCAAGAUCUCGAAUGUAAAAUGAAGAGCGUGACCGUAUCCGCGUUGCCGUUUUUGAGAGAAAACGACCUGAGCAUCAUGCACAGCCCGUCGGCCUCUGAGCCCAAGCUCCUGUUCUCCGUCAGGAACGAUUUUCCAGGGGAAAUAGUCGUCGUUGACGACCUGGAAAACACCGAGCUUCCUUUUUUUGUGCUGGAGAUUACGGGGAACUCGGAGGACAUCCCGCUGGUGCGCUGGAGGCAGCAGUGGCUAGAGAACGGGACCCUGCUCUUCCACAUCCACCACCAGGACGGGAGCCAGAACCUUCCGGGCCUCGCCCCCACCGACUACCCCCCCAACGACUCGGCCGAGGAGGAGCUCCGCAUCCUGCACAUCUCCGUCAUGGGCGGUAUGAUAGCCCUGCUGCUCUCCAUCCUGUGCCUGGUGCUGAUCCUGUACACGCGGCGCCGCUGGUGUAAACGCCGCCGCGUGCCCCAGCCGCAGAAGAGCGCCAGCGCCGAGGCGGCCAACGAGAUCCACUACAUCCCGUCGGUGCUGAUGGGCGGGCAGGCGCGGGAGAGCCUGCGGAACUCGCGCGGCCAGGGCCACAGCUCCAGCGGCACGCUCAGCAUCCGCGAGACGCCCAUCCUGGACGGCUACGAGUACGACAUCGCCGACCUGCGGCAGCACCUGCAGCGGGAGUGCAUGAACGGGGGAGAGGACUUCACCAGCCAGGUCACGCGCACCCUGGACUCCCUGCAGGGCUGCAACGAGAAGAGCAACAUCGACCUCACGCCUGGUUGUGACAAUACCAAGCUCUGCCUGAUGAGCAAAUACAAGGACAACAUCAUUGCAACUAGCCCCGUCGAUGCCAAUCACCAGCAGAACACGCUCCUCCCACACAACACCUCCACCAAUCAGCGCAAGCGCCUGUCCAGCAAAACCCGUGCGGGUUCGGCCUUCCUGAACCCGGACGGGGACUCCGGCACGGAGGCGGACAGUGAACCCCAGCUGACCUUUUACACUGAUCCCAAUCGCAGCCGGCGUCGUAGCCGAGGUAUGAGAAAUGGCAAUGCCAACCAGGCCUGGGGCUCCGGUGGCUCGCCGAGGAGCCCCAUCAACAAGACCACCCUGACGCUGAUCAGCGUGGCCAGCUGUGUGAUCGGCCUGGUGUACUCCUCCCACCUGUCCUGCGGGCUCAACGUCCGCGUCAUCCUGCACGUGCCCGAGCACCUCAUCGCCGACGGGUCCCGCUUCAUCCUGCUGCAGGGGAGUCAGCUGGACGCCAGUGAUUGGCUGAACCCGGCCCAGGUGCUGCUGUUCUACCAGCAGAACGCCAGCGGGCCCUGGCUGAGCGAGCUGUGUGGGCGCCGCCUCCUGGACCCCUGUGAACACCAGUGUGACCCCGAAACAGGGGAAUGCCUUUGCUUCGAUGGCUACAUGAGGGAUCCUGUCCAUAAGCACCUGUGUAUUCGCAACGAGUGGGGACCGAAUCAAGGGCCCUGGCCUUACACCAUCUUCCAGCGUGGCUUUGAUUUGGUGAUGGGGGAGCAGCCGUCUGAUCGGAUCUUCAGGUUCACCUACACUCUCGGGGAGGGCAUGUGGCUGCCCCUCAGCAAGAGCUUCGUCAUCCCGCCCGCGGAACUCGCCAUCAACCCCUCCGCCAAGUGCAAGACGGACAUGACCGUGAUGGAGGACGCAGUGGACGUCAGGGAGGAGCUGAUGAUCUCCUCAUCGUUCGACAGCCUGGAGGUGCUCCUGGACUCCUUCGGGCCAGUGCGCGACUGCUCCAAAGACAACGGCGGGUGCAGCCGAAACUUCCGCUGCAUCGCCGACCGCAAGCUGGACUCCAGCGGUUGUGUGUGCCCCCCCGGCCUGAGCCCCAUGAAAGACGGGACGGGGUGCUACGACCACCACAUCGGCAUCGACUGCUCAGACGGCUUCAACGGGGGCUGUGAGCAGCUGUGUCUCCAGCAACUGGUCCCCCUGGAGGAGGACGCCACACUGUACAACAUUCAGAUGUUCUGCGGAUGCAUCGAGGAUUACAAGCGGGGUCUGGACGGGCGGUCCUGCCAGCCCCUCUCCGAGGCCUGCACUGAGGGACUGGACUGCGGGGACACCGCUGACAUCCCCGCCAACCAGACCGUGUUCGGCGACCUCUUCUACGGCUACAACAACCACACCAAGGAGAUCACCUCAGGGCAGAUCCUCAAGGCCACGUUCAGGCAGAAGAACUUCGCCCGGGGCAUCGAGCAGCAGCUCCCGGACGGCAUGGUGGUGGCGUCGGUGCCAGCCGAGGUGCAGUGCCAGGAGGAGCUCUCCGACCCCGUGCCCGACCCCGAGUAUCUCACAGGGAUGGUGAACUACAGCGAGGUCUCUGGGUAUCCCCUGGUCCAACAGUGGAGGCUGAGGUCCAUUCUGUACCACGUCAAGCUCAAUCAGUGGACCCUCUCACAAGCCUUCAGCUCCGCCAUCCACUCCCUGGACGGCGCCACCAUGCGGAACGAUUUUGUGUCCAUCCUGAAGGAGUUCGGGAACCACUUCAUCCAGGAAGCCGUGUACGGGUUCGAGGAGUCCUGCAACAUCUGGUAUCCCAACAAGCAGGUCCAGAGACAGCUGUGGCUGGAGUACCAGGACAUCAGCAAGGGAAACUCUCCGUCAGACGAGUCGGAGGAGCGGGACAAGGAGCCGCGGACGCUGACGUACCCCGCGUACGUGGCCAGCCUGCUGGACUCGGGCGCUAAGCGCAUGGCGGCGGGCGUGAGGAUGGAGUGCAGCAGCCAGGGCCGCUGCCCCCCCGCCUGCCCCCUCUGUCACAUGAGCCCCGGCCCCGCCCGCCCCGCUGAGCCCGUCCUGCUGCAGAUCACCAAGGCUGCUCCUCUGUACGAGCUGGUGUCCAACAACGAGACCUACCAGGCCCUGCAGGAAGCGCUGAAGAGCAUUCUGUGGUGCACGGGGAAGGGUGACGUCAUCGACGACUGGUGCCGCUGCGACUCCAGCGCCUUCGGACCCGACGGACUGCCCACCUGCGCCCCCCUCCCCCAGCCUGUGCUGAAGCUCUCGCACACCUACGAGCCCAGCAGCUCAUUGGUCAUCAUGGAAUGGAACCACACGGAGCCACCAAUAGGGGUGCGGAUCGUAGAUUACCUCAUCAGUCAGGAGAAGGUCACGGAGAGGACAGACCACUCCAAGGUGGAGACAGAAACCUUACUGAGCUUCGUGGAUGACAUCCUAUCUGGAGCCAAGUCUCCGUGUGUGAUGCUGGGGGACAUCCCUGGCCUUCUGACGUCUUCCAUCAGCAUGAUAAUCCGCUGUCUGGAGCCUGACACCACCUACAUGUUCAGACUGUGGGCGGUGGAUAACACAGGGAGACGGUCCAGGUCCAGUGAGAUCACCAUUAAGACCCCCUGCCCAGCCGUGGAUGAUGUCAAAGCACAAGAGAUUGCCGACAAGAUCUAUAACCUGUUCAACGGCUACACCAGCGGCAAAGAGCAGCAGACGGCCUACAACACCCUGAUGGACCUGGGGUCCCCCGCCCUGCACCGCGUGCUCUACCACUACAACCAGCGCUACGAGAGCUUCGGGGAGUUCACCUGGCGCUGCGAGGAUGAGCUGGGGCCCAGGAAGGCCGGCCUGAUCCUCUCUCAGCUGGAUGACCUGAGCAGCUGGUGCAGGGGCCUCCUCCAGGAGCCCAAAAUUGGGCUCCGCCGAGCCUCCCUCAAGUAUCUGGCCUGCCGCUACACCGAUACCAAGGCCUUCGGCCUCAACUGGGUGGACCUGGGCCAAGACGUGCGCAAGGCCUGCGACGAACAGCUCCUGCCAGUGCUUUACAAUGACUAUGGAGAGCCCAAGGAACUGUGAAGAGCACACAGAGUCCUGGUUCCACCACCGGUCAGGACAAACAGGCCCCCCGUUUGAAGGAUAACCUUCAAAAUGUACAAAAUAGCUGCCAGGAAAUAAAUGUUCCCUCAACUAACGUGUCGUAAAAAGCUGUCCCAAAACACUCCCGAUACGAUCACAAUCUCAAUGCUUCUAUUAGGUAAUUUAGUGUAUAUUUUCCCAGCACAACAGAUACCAAUUCAUUUUUGGUACUUUUUGAAAAGAAAAAAAAAUUGGAAGUGGUUACAGUUUGUAAAUAAGAAACUUCUGACAGAACAACUUCUUCAUGUGUUCUUAAUGCUUGUCUUUAGCUUAUACUAACGUAGGGACUUGGUGAAAGAACCUUUAAACCGAAAGUCCCCCACAAAUGUAUUAUAAAAAAAGGAAACGGUUUACGAAAAUGUGGAAUGUAGUACUUAAAACCUUAGAGCUAACUGUUGUACAGGUCUCAUUAAUUUCUCUUUUUUCUAUGUAAGCAGUAUUAAGUAGUUUGGGAAGGUGGAACCAUUAUGUGAUGUCUUGAUCUGUGUUUUUAGUCAAAAUAUAUUUUGAGCUAUUAUAUAUGCCAGAACCAUCUAAAAAAUGAUCAUGCAGCUUUAACAUGCAAUGUUCACAAGGAUUUGACCUAACAAUUAAUUAUAUACACUCAGUAAGCACUUUAUUAGGUAUUUAUUAGACUUCUGCUGCUGUAGCCUAUCCACUUAGAGGUUUGAUGUGUUGUGUUCAGAGAUGGUCUCUUCUGCAUACCUCUGUUAAAAUGUGUGGUUAUCUGCAUUACUGUCAUCUUCCUGUCAGCUUUGACCAGUCUUGCCAUUCUCCUCUGACCUCUCUCAUGAACAAUGCUGCUCACUGGAUGUUUUUUUAUUUCGCACCAUUCUCUGCAAACUCUAGAGACUGUUGUGCGUGAAAAUCCAAGGAGAUAAGCAGUUUCUGAGAUACUCAAUGCACCCUGUCUGGCACCAACAAUCAUUCCAUAAUCAAGGUCGCUCAGAUCAUAUCCUUAUGGUUGAUGUGAACAUUAACUGAGGCUCCUGACCCAUAUAUGCACGAUUUUAUGCAUUGCACUGCUGAUUAGAAAAUCGCAUGAAUAAGUAGGUGUACAGGUGUUCCUAAUAAAGUGCUCAGUGAGUGUAUAUUCAAAGAACUGGAAUGUGGGAAGAUACAUUUCUAUGAUUUGUUAUUAUUAUUGGAGGAACCCAGCUCUGUACUCUGAAUAACAAUAUUCACACAUUUAUCCUGGCAGAACAUGAGAUGAGUAUAUUCUUUGGCAUUAUAUUGCGCUAUAUGUGGAGGUGCUAUGAAUGUUAUAGCUGCAGGAAUACGUUGAGACUUAUAUUGGGUGCAUUAAGGAUGCAAACCCAGGGAAAUAUGAAUCUGUGAAUUUUACUUGGAAGUUUAGGGAUAUAAAGUUUCAUGUUUAGAUAACGAGAACAAAUUAAAUCAACCAUUUUUGCCACCACAUUUCAUUCUUAAAAAAAAAUUUAAAACAUGAAGUGAGGUCAACUUAAUUGUUAACAGCUCAGAUAUGAAUUUCAGUGUGUGGACCCUCGAUGAAUGGCAUUAUUUGCACGCCUAUAAAUUCUUUAGUUCAGAAGUGUGUAUAUAGGAGAAUAAACUAGUGUUAAUAAUAAAGAAAGACACCCCUGUCCACUGCCUAUGUACAAUAGUGUCAGUCUAUUGUGGUCAUUCAGACUGUUGGGACUGAAGAUCUCAUGUAAAACGACAAGCUCAGUCAAAAGAGGUGAAGUACUGUAAAUGCCACCUCAAGAGCUCUUUGGCAAUUUUCUAUUCCAGCUUUCUUCUCUUUGACUGAUCACAGUGGGCACAGGACUUAUUGGUGAGCUAAUUGUGUGCAAAAACAUGCAGUUUUAAAAUGUAUUUAUGUGCACAGGAUUAUUUAUGUUCGAAUAUCUGCUCGUUUUUUGACGGUUUGAUGCUGAAAUCAUUGAUCCCUUGAAUUUAUCACAUCAUUCUCUCCUGAAUCACAGCACACUCACUCUUCCACCGGCUUGAAAACCGCAAAUAUACUUCAGUGGUACAGUAGGCUUGGCAGACCGAGGCCUGCAGCCUGGUCCAGGCUCAGAUGAUAUGACCUCAUACAACCGUAAUCCUUACCACAGAAAUUCAGCACAAAAAAAACCUGUAGGGUCUGGAGGUCGGUCUGAGUCAAACAGGGCUCCCUGUGCUCACACUGUGAAGUCUGAGACGUGUUCUCCUGAACGGUGUGAGGAGAGUGACAGUGGAGAAGAAGAGAGUGACAGGUAGGAUGUCAGUGGUGCUUUGGCACAAAGGACAGCUGGCUCACCGAACCAGCUACAGGCUUGACUCAAGUUCAUUCUGGAGACUUCACGAUCAGAUUAAGUGUUAGGAAAUCGGAUGCAACAUUUGACAUUUGUUAGAAAGUCGCUAACAUAAGAACCUUCCUGUUAAUUGUUUGCAAGUAUGAAUUGAUUUGGCUAAUAUCUGUUUUAGCACAUAAUAAACUACCAGGAUUUUAUCCAAAACUAGUGUGAGACAGCGUGGUGGGUAAAUCGUAACAUUGACCCCUUGUUUUUAACUCAUAGAAAAAGAAGUAUGAACAAAUCACAAUGUUGACGAUCACCAAUGCAGCCUUGGGUUGAACCCCAGUAAGUGUCCCAGGAAUCAGUGCUUUCUCAUUCAGAUAUAAGGAACAAUUAAUAUCAAUUAGCCUAACAUUCAAUACUAAAUAUGCUAUUUAAUGCCUUUGUUUACUGUCGUGUGUUUUAAAUAAGGUUUUUUGCUAGGCUGCCUAACCUUUGAUCCUAGCAAGAUUUUGUGGGUGCUCAUUUCAGAUAGUUUAAAAUGAAUCAAGCAACACACACAGAUGUGCAGCACACACACACACACACACACACAUUUUCCAGGACCAAGUUUUAGUUUUUGUGCUUAUGGUACUUUAUUACUGCCUUGCAACUGUAAUGGGAUCGUGAUGGUGAAUUAUUUUAUUUCAUGUGAAAUCUUAGCACCAAAAAGUACCAACUACCUUGGUAGGAACUUAACCUAACCAGGCUUGGAAAUGUUUUAAAAUCUAUAUGCAGUGUAUUUAGGUCCCGAUGUCCUUUAAACUGAUUGUGGACAUUUGAUUUCUGUCUUUGCUAUUUAAAAGGACAAUAAAGAAUGUAAUCUUAAAAACAAUAAAAAGAUCAACGUUACUUUAACUCCAACAGUCUAAGAGGCCUCAAGCGUUGAUUCGACAUUUUAUAGUGAUCUGUGUAAGUAAAAAUGCCUCAGCGCUUCGAUGAAAUCACUUCUGCACUCUUGAACUGAGAAGAGUCUAAAUUAAUGACAUUAUUUCUCAUUUAAGCACAGAAAUGUAUAUUUCUGAUUUGAUUACUAUACUGUAGAUCUACUUAGUAUAAUACUGUAGUACAGUAAUGUUGACAUCAUAUCAUAACAGCCGAAAUACAUUGUGAAGCAGGUAACUGUGAGAAUGGAUCUUUCUCUUCGCAAGAUCAGAAGGUCACGCGUUCCGUAGUCCUUAUGAUCUUGCUAAGGGAAAGAGACCCUUGCUGGGUCUUUUGCUCCAGUAGGCCUCCGCAGGGGAGUUUUAGCCCCAGUAAGAAGCUCCCGGUGCUGGGCGAGUGUCUGAGUCACCCUGGGCCCCAGGCGAUGAGCCUGGGAGGCCGGCAGGAGGUAAAUAAUUAGCCUGCGACUCGUAACGGUGCCUCGUUAAGGCAGAGACCUUCCCUCAGAGGACCACUAAGGGGGCACGGCCUGGAAGGGGGAGAGCCGGGCGCUUUUCCGGGCAUUACACCACAGAGCAAGAAUGUAACUGUCAUCCUAAAGGGCCUGGGCUCUUGGGUGGACCAGCUCCGCUUACUCUGUCCGUAUCGGGUUUUAGCCAGCAUUCUGACCUUAUGUUAUGAGACUCGGCCCAGUUCGGUCCACUCUUUGGUUCUGGUUUUCAGGCUUCAGAUUCUAGCUGCUACGCUGCAAAAUAAACGUCGGUCUUAACAAGUGGUUUGGCCUUGUAUCGAAGCUUAAAAUCAAAACAUUUCUCUCAAGUAGAAAAUAAAAUAUUAUAAUCGACAAUAUUAUAAUAGUAAUAUAUAAGUUGAUAAAAAUAGUGAAAGGUAAUUAAGGUUUGAUUUUAAGUCUAAGAUGUGACUAAAUUACUUGUUGAAAUUGACUUAUUUUUUGGCUUAUGCAGUGCUUCAGUUUCAGAUCAUGCUUUGCUGUGUGCUUUCUGUGCUUUAAGAGACUAAAAUGUACUGACAUGCAGGUAACAGUGUCAUCUUAGAGUGCAAUUCAUCUUCCUUCUACAGUUUAUUAUUGUAUACAUAUAAACUGGCCAUUUUUUUCUAAAUUAAUGUUUAAAUGCAUUUCUUAAUUAACGUGUUCCCCUGUGUUAAUUUGAUUCUAAUAAAUAAAAUUAUUCACAAA